AGACUAAGCCUGAGGUUACUGAGGCCAAGAGCGGCGAGGACGUGGAAAUGAAGGACGGGGAAGAGAAGAAGGAAGACGAGGAGAAGAAAGAAGACGACGACAAGAAAGAUGACGAGGAAGAGAAGAAAGAAAAGAUCAUCGUUGGUCUCGUCACCGACAGCAAGGACUUGUACGCAAAGUACGACAAUAAUGGCGACCGAUCAUGGACCGACAAGUACCCCGACGACCUCGAAGAGGCCGCGGAGAACGAGGAGACCCAGAAGUAUGCUGUCAUCAUCCGAAAGAUGAAGCCCAAGGAGGCCGACUCCACCAAGCCCCUCAUCAUCGACAGCAUCAUCAUCCAGUCGCCCUAUCUCAAGCGCGUCCUGGGCAAGGUCUUCGAGGGAUACCCUGGCGUCGUCACCGAGGUCUCGCGGCUCAAGUUCCACGCGCCCUUCGAGUGCUUCGUCCACCGCUGGGACCGCUUCGCCGCCGCCAAGGAUGACGCCGCCCACGACGACCUCACCCGCGAGCACAUUGGGCUUCUCUACACAAUCAUGAAGGAGGAGCUGGGUGAUAUCAUCCAGCUGCGCGAGGACUACUUCAAGAACCGCGCCGUCGCAUUCGAGCACGUCUGGACCCUCUUCCCCCCCGGCUGCACCGUCUGGGGAUCCGCCAAGGGCAAGCCUGUAGCGGUCAAGUUCACCUCCGGAUCCUACGCCAAGACCCAGUGCGGCAACGUGUACGUCUUGCAGUGCAAGGUCAUCGACUGGGACGGCACGAUCAUGGGCUGGACCAACCUGAACCAGCAGAUUGGCGAGUUCUCCGGCACAGUCCCCUUCGCUGAGUUGAACUGCUACCCCCUCGAGUACCAUCCUCGCCUGGACAUGGCCAAGGCUGUCCUUGCUGAGCGCGGCCGCCGAUUUGAGGAGCUUGCCGGAUAUUGCUACAAGUUCUACAAGGGCACUGCCGUUUGGCACGUCGAUCCUCGCCGGUCCCGAAAGGAGAAUGUCCAGUCCCGCAUCGUCAUCGAUGGCGUGAACUGGGAGAAGGAGAACCCGGAUCACGUUGUGUGGCUUGAAAACAUUCACGCACAAGUUGAGUUCUCUGGCCCCGGGGGCCGUGUCGGUAACGACAAUGACAGCGAUUCCGGAAGCGACUGGAAUUCCAACGCCCUUGACGAGGAUGAUGUUGAGGGCUUGGAUAAGCGUCCUCCUCUGACCGAAGAGCAGCUCAUCAUGACCUACCCCAUCGUGCGAGGCUACUCGCUGAAAAACAAGCGAUGGAUGGAAUUCUUCAUCGACGAUGUCUCCGAGGUCAACUUCAACGACCAGGCCUUCAACUCUCUCGUGCUCCCCGAGGACCAGAAGGAACUCAUCCUUGCUUUCGCGCAGAGCCAGGUCAAGUACAAGGAUGCAUUCGACGACAUCAUCUCGGGCAAGGGCAAGGGAAUCAUCAUGCUCCUGUCUGGCGGACCCGGUAUCGGCAAGACUCUGACUGCGGAGUCGGUGGCCGAGGAGAUGAAGGUGCCCCUCUACAUCAUGAGCGCCGGCGACCUUGGAACCGAGGCAUACGAGGUCGAGAAUAACCUGGGCCGUAUCCUCGAGAUGGUGGCCAACUGGAACGCUGUCCUCCUGCUCGACGAGUGUGAUGUCUUCCUCGAGGCCCGCUGCGCCAACGACAUCGCCCGCAACCGCAUCGUCUCCAUCUUCCUGCGCACCCUCGAGUACUACGAGGGAAUCCUUUUCCUCACCACCAACCGCGUCAAGAACAUGGAUCCCGCCUUCCAGAGCCGCAUCCACAUGUCGCUCGAGUACCCCUCGCUCGACGCCGCUGCCCGCGAGGCCAUCUGGCGCGGGUUCCUGGGCCGCACCGUCAACCUCGACGCCAAGGUCGAGGGCGAGGCAGCGCACGCCAUCUCAGACGCCGAGAUCAAGGAUCUAGCUAGGCUUGAGCUUAACGGUCGCCAGAUCAAGAACACGCUCAAGACCUCCAACUUGCUGGCCUGCCACAAGGGCGAGAAGUUGGCGUUUAAGCAUCUGCGGAUUGUGCUGAAGGUAGAGGGCCACUCUUUGUAGUUGUAGGACCCAGCACGCUUGAUGGUUUUUUGUUUUUUUGAGCGAUUAUGAUUCUCAUGAUGAAUAUUACGGUAGCGAUGGAGGAUUUGGGGGCUUAGGAUUUGGCGGUUUAGGAUGAAUGGCUCAGGAUGAAUGGCUUAGGAUGAAUAGUUAUGGGAGACUAGCUGUACCUUAGGUAUAAAUAACAAGAACCAAGAAUUUUACAUAAAGCCGUCAAAGAAGGACUAUUGUGUACU